AUGGCGUUUGCGAAUGCCAGGCUGCAAGAAGAGCAUGACCCUAGAAUGCCUUUGCAUAAUGCGAUACUGGGUUUCGAUUGGUAUUAUCAGGCUAAAUUGAACGCGGGAUCUUCUCAAUUCUCUGAGAAGCUUUAUCGGGAAUUCGCCCUCGAGUAUAUCAGACUAGGUCAUGACGGCCGCCGGCCAUAUGUAUUACGUGCAAGACAAUCGGCGCGACGGAUUAGCGAAAUCGUUCCGGCGAGGCGUUGUGCCAAAGAAGAGGGCCUACACAUCGUUCCAAGGGUUCCUGUGACGCUCUAUACUAAUCGAGAGCGUUAUUGUUGCCUCAGCUCUGGGAAUUUUGGAUCUGAGUUUCUCUUCUUUCGGACCUGGUUCGGCGAUGACGAUCAUUCAUCCGAAGAUUCUGACAAGUUAUACGAAGAAUUUAUUUCAGGCUGGAAGAAUGCUUGGACGGACGAGGAGUUUAUCAUUGAUCAACGAUAUUGCUUUACCGACAGCUCGUAUUCUGACGUGCCAACCGCAUGCAUGCGUUCCGAGGCUCACACUUCCGAGGAGUGGCUUUUAACUCGUCUCCCCGAUGAACUAGGUGGGAUGGACAUCGAUGAUGAUCAAUAUACGGAGGCUGAUCUAUACGAGGAAGAAAGCAUAUGCUUGGUUAUAGCAGACCGAGAGGCAAUUAUUAAUGGUUGGUUACUAAUUUCUGCGGUCAAUCACAAAGGGUGUGUUACCGGUAGAUGGAGACUGCCGGCUGGAGACUUUGCCGCGUCACUGAUUUCGAGGCGUUUUGCUAUCCCAGAGUCGAUGAGUGAAUCAAUAUACUACAGAGGAUUUGGUGACGUAACGGAGCCUGAUAUUCAUAGUUCAGGUGGUGUUAUGUUCGAUGUAUCUGACCCGCCUGGUUUGUGGUGGGAUGCUCUGGACCGAAGGGGUUUCACGCGCAAGCGCCCAUCGGAGAAAGUUCCAUUAGGGUUUCUUAGGAAAUAG